UGAUGUGAUCUCCAUCUUCCCUAUUCCUUUCACCCUCUCUAGCUAGUCUCUCCAUUUUUUCUAUCACCGAAACAGAAAAAAAUCCAUCAAAAAAAAAAAAAAUUCCAUUGAUGCUGCAAUGUCCAUCGAUAGAGGCAAGGGUUUUGCGGAAGGAUCGGGAAGCGAUCAGCCGACGCCGGCAACUCCUAGCCGCUACGAGUCGCAGAAGAGGCGGGACUGGAACACCUUCGGGCAGUACCUGAAGAACCAGAGGCCUCCGGUGCCGCUCUCACAGUGCAACUGCAACCAUGUGCUGGACUUCCUCCGGUAUCUUGACCAGUUUGGGAAGACAAAAGUACACGUCCAAGGGUGCAUGUUCUACGGGCAGCCCGAGCCCCCGGCGCCUUGCACGUGCCCGCUGAGGCAGGCGUGGGGGAGCCUCGACGCGCUCAUCGGCCGCCUCAGGGCCGCCUAUGAAGAGAACGGAGGGUUUCCAGAGACUAACCCUUUUGCCAGUGGUGCAAUCAGGGUUUAUCUGAGGGAGGUCAGGGAGUGUCAAGCUAAGGCUAGGGGAAUUCCCUACAAGAAGAAGAAGAAGAAGCCGGAUCAGAUCACCAAAGGGAAUGAUCAUGACGAAUCCAGUUCCGGAAUGCACUUUUAAUUACUACGAUCUAUCUUGAUCAUUGUUCAUUCUCCUUUUCAAACUGGGCCAGGGGUUGAUCGUCUGGGGAAUAAAAGCAAUGAAAAGGAAAGUUGUUGCAUACAUGAUCAAAUAUAUAUCUUGAAGUUUUCGAUAUCGAUAUAUUUUGAAUGUGGGUUUUUUUAAUUUUUCUACUCAUGAUGGGUUGCUAUUAUCAUCGAGCUGGAAGUUGUCUUAUGAUGGUUUAUUAGGAGCGCACGUACGAAGUGUUUGUCCUUUGGCAAUAAUCUGUAAGAAAUAAUUAGCUAUAUAUAUAUAUAUAACUCUUUUUGUGUAAUUAAUUACUUAUGAAUUGGAUAUAUAGUAGAGUAUCGGAUACAUCCUCUAUUAUAUUGUCAUCAAUGUUAUCAGCUUCUUCU